AUCCCCGGCGGUUCUCUCGCUGGUAUAGUUCCCCCAUCGAGUUGUUUCCCCAAACGUGCACCGAGGCUCGCCGAUUGUGCCAGCCCCAUCGGUAUCACUGACGAGUCUCCGUUAGUCUGGAGAGGGGAACCACAUGAGCGACAAAUAUAGAGCGAGACUACACUUUAUAAAUCAUGAUUCAAACGAGUCAAUCUCACUUGACACACCACGUGUUUUCAAUCGAUCACUAGUCACUCCAAGUGUCUCAUUUUCAGUUUCAACCGGAUUCAUUAAUCCUUCAAUUCACUGAACUCUCAUUCCAAUUCAAAAUCGUUAACUAUAUUUUACCUAUCAGCCAGUGUCAAGUGUCACCAUUGUUGUCUCUAUUUUUCACCCACUCCGAGACCCCAUCACCCAUUUUCCCGAUCGAUACAUUCUAGAGGAAAACCAUAAAUCACCCAGUCAAGCGUGAUUCCCGCGCCCGGAAAUUCCCAGAACGCAGGACCGUUUUGUGAUAAUCUCCCCCGAGUAUUUUUAAAUUGCAAGCGAAAUAGCGAAUAAAAGGGGGAGUUUAGCGUUUGGUGAUUUGAUGGCGAGUUCAAAGUGACACCAGUGAUUUAUAUUGAAUUACCAAAGUUAAUUGUUGACAAGUGUUACAACGAGGGAAUUCGAUGAUCAAUGGCUAUUGCCGUGGGAAAUCAUCAUAACGACGAGCUAAUUGCAUCGUGGAGUCUGUGGUAAUCGAGGCUAUGGAUCAACGAGACCCGGAUCGCAGCAAAGAAAGCUUCAUCGGUAAUAUACACCAUUGUUUGGGGACUCGCAGAGGCGUUUAACUGGAGUCGCGUCUAAAUAUACAUUAUCAGCGGACUCAAUGUUGAGCCACUGAACUCCGAGUGAAGCUGUAGACAUAGAUUCACUCAAGGAUUCCCUGGUUAAUAAACGAGAAUAAAGUUGGGCCUCAUGUUUACACCAGUACAAUAUCGACAAUAAUAAGAUAUUCACUAUCAGAGAGCAUUUAUAAUAACUGUUAAGGACAUUAUCGACAUAUUUUUUCUCGACUUACUGUGCCAAUAUUUUGAUAACCCCCCACAUCAAGAGGGAGGGGAAACGAAUGAAACCGUGCCUAUGCGACAGAAAUACCAAGCUUACUGAGUCAACUCAUCACAUGAAACACUCGAGGAAAAAAAUCGUCAAUAAAGAAUUACAAUAAAACGAAGUUGAGAGGUUUUUCCGGAGAAUUGCGAGAGGAAUUUUAUAGAUUUAAGUGGGAGGAGGAAAAUUAUUCAGUCUUUGGAUGCAGCAGACUGUAGAAAUGGGUAGGACAUCGUCAGAUUACGUCAAAGCCGUGGAAUGUGGUGUACCACCGACGCAGGUAGUGGAGACAAAAAUUUAUCGCCGAAGAUGGCUGAUCCUAUCUAUCUUCGUCCUCUACAGUGCGUGCAACGCCAUGCAGUGGAUUCAAUACAGCAUAAUUGGAAAUAUUAUACAAGUGUAUUACGGUGUAAAUUCAUUCGCCGUGGAUAUGACGAGCCUGAUCUACAUGAUAACGUACAUACCUUUUAUUUUUCCCGCCAGUUAUCUCCUCGACAAAUUUGGACUUAGAAAUGCGGCCUUGAUAGGCGCAACUGGCACUGCAUUAGGCUCAUGGAUUAAAGUAUUCAGUGUAUCGCCUGACAAGUUCUGGGUAACUUUUCUAGGACACACUAUAGUGGCGUUGAGUCAAACGUUUAUACUUUCUGUCCCAUCGAGAUUAGCAGCCGUUUGGUUCGGUCCCGAUCAGGUCAGCAGUGCUUGCAGCAUCGGAGUUUUUGGUAAUCAGCUGGGUGUUGCCAUUGGAUUCCUCUUCCCACCUAUGCUCGUACCGAAGACCUCCGCUGAACAUGGCCUACAAACAAUGUUCUAUAUCGUAGCCGGGGCAAGCUCCGUGAUCCUCGUGCUCAUCAUUUUAUUCUUCAAAGCCCAACCACCCCUGCCACCGAGUCCGGCCCAAGCGGUGCAAAGAGAAGCCGACAAGUCUGAAAACUUCUUCCAGUCCAUCAAGAGGCUCCUUCUCAACUCUGGUUAUCUGCUAUUACUCCUCAGUUACGGCGUCAAUGUCGGAAUAUUCUAUGGCAUCAGCACUCUUCUCAAUGAUCUUAUCUUGAAUCACUUUGAGAAUGCUGAGACGGAUGCCGGUCGAAUUGGGCUCUCGAUUGUCUGUGCAGGCAUGGCAGGAUCCGUUUUCUGUGGUGUUAUCCUUGAUAAAACUCACAAGUUCAAGGAAACAACUCUUGGAAUUUACAUAUGUUCGCUGUUGGGUUUCAUUGUAUUUACAUUCACUCUGGACUGUGGAUCAAUCAUCGUGGUGUACUGCACAGCAGCACUUCUAGGAUUCUUCAUGACGGGAUAUCUGCCCGUUGGCUUCGAGUUCGCCGCCGAAUUGACCUACCCGGAGCCAGAGGGGACCUCGGCUGGGCUCCUCAACGCCGUCACCCAAAUAUGUGGGAUAAUACUUACAACACUCUACCGAAUACUGAUCAACACCUGGGGCGACUUUUGGGCUAAUAUUGCAUUGUGUUGUAUGCUCGCUUUCGGUGCAUUCAUCACACUCGUCAUACCGAACGAUUUGAGACGACAGAAUGCCAAAUUUUAAUCUGCAACUGGCCUCCAGAGCCCACAUUUUGGAAAAUUAUUAUUAGGAAAAACUCGAAAUCGACAAUCUAGAAUUUAUUUUGAGAUGAGCGCUAUCGAAUUCCAUUUGGGGAAGGGGGAAUCGCGAAAUUUAACAAUUCAGUGAACAUUCCAUGGGAUUUCAAUAUUUUUUAGCAGGAAGAGGACGAGAAUUCUCGAUUUUAAUUGAAUUUUCAAUCAAAACAUGAAUGUCCAGAGCAUCCAACAAUAUUACGUCAGACUUUCUUUACACUUUUUAGACUCCCUCUCCGCCGUCAGUUACAAGACGUCACACACAUUGAAUUGAAUUUGAAAAACAAAAAUAAGAAGACAACUGAUUAUGUGAACAAUUGAAUAUUUACGCGAUGUUCUUUCAACAUUUCGUAAUUUAUUCAUUGUGUUCAUCACAGCAUUGAAAAAUUCCUCUUUGGGAAUCUUUGGGAUAGUUUUACAAAAUUGCAUUUGCAAUUUCAUCGAUUAAAAAAUAAAAAACCUAUGGUGUGACAUGAAGCGUCACAAACUACAGACCCCCCUCCGCCCCUAAUCGUGUGACGUAAUAUUUAACUGCCCCUUGAUUACCAAAUUAUGCUGGAUUUUAAUUAAAUUGAAAAUUCAAGGAUUUAUUCACCUGAAUUUUUCCGACUUCUUUUGAUUUACAUGAAAUAAUCGACUUCACAUUGACAGUUUUCAAUCAUUUUUUCAUCCAACUCUGAAUUUUCAAUGACGAAAUCCCUUUAAAUUUCCGAGAAAAUCUCCAAGAAAUUUACCGGGAAAAUUUUCGAAAAAUAUAUCGGAAGUUUCAGUCAGAAAUUUCUCAACGGUGUAACAGGCCUCCUCCAUUUACCUUUACAGUUAGUACAACGGUGUCAUAGUCAAUACUGUUUAGGAAAUAUUUAUAGAUAUUGCAUGCAUUUCCGAAGGCUUCGUGUUCUUCGCCCGAUUAUUUUUUGCCAAAUGCAUUCCUUAGAUAAUAGGAAAAAAACGAAUAAUGAUGUUGAAUAUGGUGAUUUGUGGAUCAAAUCAUCUAGUUUGUAAGGAUUGAUGAAUCGAUGGAUAUUUACAAUCAGACAAUAACGUGAGAAAAUGGAUAAUAAUGAGUGGGGACCAUUGAAUGGUGAAUAGGAUCCCGUUGUUAUUUAUUGCGCACUCAUAUCCAUAUUUUUUAUAUAGAACGUUUAAACCCCAUAGUGCGUUGAUAAUAAUUAAUUCACAUAAGGAGUAACAGAGAGUUACAAAUCAAUUAGUGACAAUAAUGACGAAUACCUACAUAUAUAAUAGGAGUGUUUAACGUGAUAUACACCCGUUAUUGAUAUUCCUCUAGUUCGAUGAAGAUAAGAAAAGUCUGAAGUCCAUUGUAUUCAGUUGUACAUAAUUUUUUUGUUCUCUUUUUUUAUGUAAUUCAUGCAAUGCGGUGAUUCACUUCAGUUGGAGAACUUUAAAUUUGAAAAUUUUGAGUAAUGAGCAGUAUUGUUAUCAACUGAACCCACAUUCGAUGUCAAUGUUCAUAAGGAAUGAGAUUGAGGCAUUUUUUGUUGCGCAUUAUUUCAGAAACAAUUUAUUGAUACAGGUACUAAAUUUAGUUGGAUAAUGCUGGAGAUUUCAGGGAGAAAGAGUAUAUUUAUCGAUGUUCAUGUAGUUUUAGGCAGAAUGCUUACUUCAUAGGAAUGUAUGUGACUGUUGUUUUCGUUAAUAAAUGAUGAGAGAAAAAUAA